GUUUGGGGAAUGUGAAGGCCCUGUUCAGACCAUCACCAUCCCUGUCUUGCUUCCUGUGUUCAAACCCAAAACAUGCCCCCAAAGUGUGGAAAAGUCAGAUAAGCCAAUGAUCCCAAACCUUCCAAGCACUUGUCCUGAUGGUGACUAUGGGACUUCUUCAGGCCCAACCUUCCACAGCCUUCCUUCAGGCAUAGGCACAUAUCACCUACAGGCAGACUUUGUGCUGGCUAUCUCACGCCACAUGUCUGAGGAGGGCUACCAGUGUGCCCUGUGCCAGCUGGGCUGUGCCAGCCUGGCCACCUUCAGGCUUACCUGUUGGCCAGCUGGGAGAGGAAGGAAGGGCAACUGCAGCUUCCUCUACAGUGCUGUAUUCACUGUCUGUCCCCCUGAGGAGGAUAGGCGCCCCAGUCCCCAACCCGGCCCCAGCAACCUGUGGAGGGGAGACGACCAGCAGCCUGGCCCCUCCAGGAAGAGGUCCAGCGAGUGCCUCCAGAAUCACUGUCCCGAUACCAAACCCACCAAGAGGCGCAGGAACAAGGAACCUGAGGUAAUCAUCUCUGGCCGAAAGAGGACCAAAAAGAGCAAACACCUCAACAGCCCAGAGCCUGACCACCACACUACAAAGAACCAUAAGAAAAGGUUGAGGUCAAAGCGCAGGCUGCAAGAUAAACUUGAUAGGAAGCUUGCUAAGAAGCUAGCCAAGAGAUACAGGAUUUAA